AAGAUACAGCAGCAGACAUACAGACAUAAAGACAAACAGACAUACGGGAAUAAAGUCAAACAGACAUACGGGCAUAAAGACAAACAGACAUACAGGCAUUGUGAUCGCUACCAUGGAACCUGGAAUCCAACUGGAAUCUUUCCACGUGUCCAGUACCAUGGGCUUUGUCCUGGAUGAUCCAAAGACUGAUCUCCCAGAGUACUACCAUCCAUGGAUGAGCAUCGCCAUGGACCUCCCCCACCUGAUCCAAACUCAUCAGCUCUGGGACAGGGUCCAUAAGAUGCCGCUGUUGAGCAUCACGCAUCUCGAAGGACACAGAGAACAGAGGCUGGCACACCUGGCACUGGGCUUCAUCACCAUGGGCUAUGUGUGGCAGGAAGGAGAGCACCAGCCAGUCAAGACGCUCCCCAGGCAGCUGGCUGAGCCGUACUGCAGAGUGUCGGAGGCCUUGGACAUGCCGCCCAUCCUGCUCUAUGCAGACUGUGUGCUGGCUAACUGGAAGCUGAGGGAUCCUGCUCGCCCGUUCGAAAUUGAGAACAUGGACACCAUAUUCAAGUUUCCUGGGGAAGAAUCAUGCAGGGGCUUCUUCCUGGUCUCCCUGCUGGUGGAACAGGCUGCAUGUACAGGGAUGGAGGGAAUUGUCAUGGCGAUGAACUCCAUGCUGACCCAGGACAAUCGUGGUGUGCAUGAUGGCCUAGAGAUGGUGAACAAAUCUCUGUUGAAGAUGAAGGAGGUGUUCAGACUCAUGCGCAAACAUGUGGAGCCCAAUGUCUUUUAUGGCACACUGCGGAUCUUCUUUACUGGGUGGAAGGACAACCCCGCCCUACCUGGGGGGCUACUCUACGAGGGGGUCUCCACAGACUCUCGGCAGUUGAGGGGGGGCAGCGCUGCCCAGAGCUCCAGCAUCCAAUGUUUUGAUGCUUUAUUUGGUGUUAAACAAAUGGAAGCUUCAGCUGACAGCUACCUGAAGGAUAUCCGCAGUUACAUGCCCCCAGCCCACCGGCAGCUGAUCGAGGUCCUCGAGAGUCGGAAACCCUUACGUUCGUACGUGAGCAAUUCUGGCGAGCAGGAUCUCAUCGACACCUACGACAAGUGUGUUAAGGCCCUGGUGGACCUGCGAUGCUACCACCUGCAGGCUGUAACCAGCUAUGUGUCUGCACCCAGUAAGACUGCAUACAGGGGCGACCCCACCCCCAGGGAGGAAAAGGGCACAGGUGGCACAAAUGCCUUCAGUUUCCUGAAGAGCGUCCGAGACUCGACCAAGAAUGUCCUCAUCAAGCCUGAAUGAGGCGCUCUACACUCUGCCUAACCAAAGUCACACACCAUCACAGUCACCUAACAGUUAUCCAAUCUAUUUAAAGCUUGAAAGAUAAUUAAAUUAUAUAUAAAAUCAAUUGAUUGCACAUAUUUGGCUCAUUUUCUCAAAACAAUGAGCACAAAAUCCACAAAUAGUUCUCAGAAGUGAUCAAACCUUGCUCAAAAUGUGACACUGUGUUCACCAGAACAGCACUUCAUGGCAAAAAGCCCACACAAUCUAGUAAUGCAUGCAGCUUAUUCUUCACAAAGUACACACUUGAUGAAUAAAUUAAAGACACUCGAUGUGCUUUCUCCUAUUUGGAAGAAUGGUACUGGGGUAGGGGGAAUUAUGGGGUUAAUGUUUUGUCUUAGGCCUUAGGCAAGAAGAUGCUGCUGCAUUCUGGGAUUGUGGUUUGGCCUUAGGCAAGAAGAUGUUGUGAGAUUUGGGGAUGUAGGAACAACACUUUGUCCUAGGCUGCGGGCCAGAGUAUGUUGUUGUUGUUUUGGCGAAAUUCAAGAGAGGAAUAAUGCUGGAGAAAACACACUGUAGAACAUGCAGAUCUGGUGCCAGUCAAGGAACUGUCCUAAUUGGGAAGAGGGAAUGCAUUGGUUGGGUUUGAGAGGGAAGACUGUCAUGCUAACAAUGAACUGCACAUGAGCAAUUGGGAGGGGAGAACUCUGCUUUAAUUCUGUUUGUGGCAAUAUGAGCUAAUAAUAUGAAAUACUUACCGUCAUUAUAGGAUAUCACAGGUGCAUUUGUAUAACCGCUGUCAGUACAAACAACAUGUAAUGAUUGAACAAUAGGUAAUUAAUCAAUCAUGUAAUCAUUAUGUAUGUACCAGGGAGUUUGCAUUCGAUCGAUUGGUAAUUGAGUUUCUUAUGGUUUUGGAAUGUACUCAGGACCCUUGCUUAAUCGCAGUAUCCGGGGAAAGGGUGCUACACACACGCGCUCGCGAGGCUCCUCACCCCUGCUUUGGGCCACGUCCCCAGGUCCAGUGGUAGCCACCAGUGCGGCAUCUCUGAAGGAAGGGGGGGGCUGUCGAUGUUAGCGGAUGACAGGGCUGCUGGCAGAUGUGAAACAAGUUGAUGAAAUCUGUGAGAAAAAUGAAUCGUCAUUGAGAAAGACAAAAUAAAAUGGAAUGGCACAUGACAGACACUUCUGUCAAUGAAUAAAAACGAGACAAAAAAUUUCAAGAAGCAAUGAAUUUGAAAGUGAUCUAAUCAUAAAUAGUAUUUUUAGUUUACUGCAGUGGCAGUUCAUUGGAUAAUGUUGAUUUGUAAACGACGCAUCCAUAUGACAGGCAGAAACCAUGCAGUCUUGUCAAUGAAGUCUAUCUGUGAACUGUUUUGUCAUUAUUUCUAUGUCAUGGCUGGCUUAGGUAGGGAAAAACUUACUGCCAUUUAUACUCACAUUUUGAAAUGUAUCCAAAAUUUCAUUUAAAUAAAAUUUAUAUAAGGCCAUUUGAGAAUUA